ACCACCCUGUCUUCCCAAACAAACAUUCCGCAAACCACAUUUAAAUCAAAAACCCCAAAUCCCUCUCGCCACCUUUCAUUCUCCACCCUCUAUUGUUUCCUUCAUUCAUUUUCAACUCUAUCACCAUUCUCUCUCAUCUCAUUCUUCUCUCCUUCCUUUGCUCCCCCGCCACUACUCCUCUGACCGAUGGCGCCGCGUCUCUUGUCAUGCUUCCGCAACAAGCACGCCGGCGGGUGCAGCCACCACGACGAGGGAUGCGGCGCAUCAUCGGAGGAGUCGGCGGCGGGGGCGAGGGAAGCAGCAGGAGAGGGGCCGGUGCUGGUGGAGAUGUUCACGUCGCAGGGUUGCGCAACGUCGCCGGCGGCGGACCUGGUACUGUCACGGCUGGGGAGGGGGGACUUCCAGCUGGAGGUGCCGGUGGUGCUAUUAGCAUUCCAUGUAGACUAUUGGGACUACGUGGGCUGGAAGGACCCAUUUGGGUCCAGCCAGUGGACCGUUAGGCAGAAGGCCUAUGUUGAGGCCCUUGGGCUUGACACGCUUUUCACUCCACAGGUUGUGGUCCAAGGUCAGGCCCAUCUCGAAGGAAAUGACGAUAAUGCCCUCAUCUCUGCCAUUACCUCUGCGCCUAGGUUCCCUGCUCCCACCUUCCAGGCAACUUUCAAUAAGCCUACACCAACUUCUUUGGAAGUCACCUUAGUUGGGGCAUUGAGGACUAAGGUGGACAAUCUUGGUGUAGAUGUCAUGGUAGCAUUAUACGAAACUGGUUUGGUUACUGAUUGCCCUAGAGGGGAAAACAAAGGUCGUGUUCUAUCCAAUGACUAUGUUGUCAGAAAACUUGAAAAGCUCUGCACUGUCAAAGACUACCCUGCUAAGAAGACAAUGUCAGGAACUGCUACUUUUUCCUUAUGGGAUACAUUCAACAGCAGCAGGUGUGGCAUGGCAGUCUUUGUUCAAAACAGCUCUCAUCAAAUUUUUGGUUCACAGAAUUUUCAGCUGCCAGAUGAUUUGUGAUAAUAUGAUACUCAGUAAUUAGUUUUGUAUUUUUCUGCUUACUAUCUUGUCCCAGCUCCAUUGUUAGGCUUAUAGCCUUAUAUAUUAUGUAUAGCACGCGCUCCGUUUUAGGAUGACAUUGGAGAGAAAAAUUGAGAUUGUGGCCUAUUUUAUUGUGUCUGAAAGUCAGCAUAUAGUUUGUUUCUUCCUUUAGGACACACAUUGCACUUUCUUGUUUCUGAUUGUCCUUAUUGGCAACUAAGUGGGUGUGUGAAUCACGUUGAAACACAUACCCCCAUUUUCUAUACCCUAGAACACAGCUUUUGCAUCAACGUGGCAAAAAAAACACGGAUUCAAAAUGGGCAGUUCCAAACACACUGUAAGAUGUCAUUGCCUGCAUGUGUUUACAUGUUGCAAUGACAACUUUUUCCCUCUUGUAUGGCUACUGGCAAUCAA